AUGUCUCGGUUGAGCCAGGUCCUGCAACGAGUCUUGGGUUCGACCCCAACGACUCCGUCUGUGGCCCCGGCCAUAUCGACUCCGCCAAGCGCUUUGCGCUUUCGGAGUAUCGACACCAACUUCUCCACAGUGAAAGAGGGAGACCGAGUCAUCUUACACGGCAAGAAUCCCUUGCUGAGCAAGGUUCUGAAGAAGGGUGAAAAGCUCCAGCUUGCCACAGGCGCCGUGGAACAUGACAGUAUCAUUGGAAAGCGGCCUUGGGAGAAGGUGCAAAUGCGCAAAGGCUCGCCGGUUCGAUUCAGUUUCCCCACACUAGAAGAAUAUGUCUCGUUGGUGCCUCGAUUGGUUACUCCAAUCUAUCCACAAGAUGCGAAUUUGAUCACAUCACUCCUCGACCUUCACGUUAACACACCCGCAGAGGGCGAGACGCAACCGCCUUUGGAGAUUCUUGAGUCCGGAACAGGCCAUGGCUCUCUCACACUACACCUAGCGCGUGCCAUUCACGCCGCCAAUACCACUCCGCCACCUUUACCGAAACGAUCACAAAUUAAAUUCAUUGAGGGGCGAAUCAAGGGACCGGAUGAAAAAGAUGGACCGAAAGAGACCACAGAAUCGACCUCGGACCCAGUACAGGAGGAGUGGGAUGCGUGGCGAGCACAGCGCAAUGCAAUCAUCCACACGGUAGACACCGGGGCGAAGUUUUCUGCGCUGGCCGAGAAAAACGUCAAGGGAUUCCGUCGCGGGAUCUACGCCGGCGACGUUGAUUUCCACGUGGGGCCCGUUGAAACCUGGGUUGCGCAACAGAAGGAGCUGCGCAAGACGGGACCAACUUCGGAUGGGAAUACCGUCGAGCCUUUUGUGUCGCAUGUUAUUUUGGAUAUGCCUUCAUCCAAUCUGAGAAUCCCCCACGUCAGCCCGAUCUUGAAGCGGGAUGGUCUUUUGGUGGUGUUCAUGCCUAGCAUCACGCAGAUUGGAGAGUGUUUGAAGCUCAUCAAGGACCAGAAUUUACCUCUCGUCCAGGAGAAGGUGAUCGAGCUCGGCAACGGAAUUAGCGGCGGGCGGUUGUGGGAUGUUCGUUUCGCUACUAAGAAGUCCAGUUCCGAUCCAGCAUCCUGGGUUGCUCCUUCGGACACCGAGGGUGUGGCUCCAGACACUGAGGAGGCUAGCGAUACAGACUCUUCUGAGGCAUUGGUUCCAGAACAACCUCCCAAGGAUGAGUCUGUGUUGGUUUGUCGGCCCAAGGUUGGAGUGCGCAUUCAAGGCGGUGGCUUUGUCGGAGUCUGGCGUCGCAUCGAAGACCGUUGA